UAACUGUAGGGACAGGCUGUCAGAAACUCUUCACUCAUGCUGUAUUCUUACUGAUGCUCUGUUGUGUCUGCGAAGGCAGCAGGCGAGUGAGAAGCUGAAUGAAUGGGCCAUCUUCAAUGAUAAAUAUAAGGAGCUGUGUGAAUGGCUGACGCAAAUGGAAAGCAAAGUAUCCCAGAAUGGAGACAUCAGCAUCGAAGAGAUGAUUGAGAAAUUACGAAAGGACUAUCAGGAGGAAGUGGCGGUGGUUCAGGAGAAUAAACACGAGCUCCAGCAGCUGGGUGAACGUUUAGCUCGGGCCAGUCAUGAGAGCAAAGCCUCUGAAAUUGAACACAAACUCGGUAAAGUCAACGAACGCUGGCAGCAUCUGCUCGACCUCAUUGGGGCCAGUACCUCCACCUCACACUGCCUUUCAACCCCCAUCAUCUCCUAUGGGACAGAGCCACAUGUCACUUAA